AAAAUAAAAUAAAAGCAAUAAAAAUAAAAGCUUGUGUAACUUUGACCCUUUUCUCGCUGGUGCCACAAUACCCAAAAAUAAGAAGGACGAGGGAAGCGAUGAAUGGGAUUACUUCGUCCCAUCAAUCGGGAAACAAACCAACCUGUUUCGCAGACACGCCCCCUUGUGCUUGGUCUUUUGUGUUUGUGUGGUUGUUAGUAUAUGGAUGUGUGUGUGUGUGUGUGUGUGUGUGUUUGUGUGUGUGUUUGUGUGUGUGUGUGUGUGUGUGUCUAGAGAGUGUGUCCCGCCUCAAACUUGACGUUUUCCCUUCUCCAACAGGACCCUCGAAAAAAGGAUCCAACUCGUGGGGGGUGUGUGUGUAUGCGUACCGACUGGAAGAAGAAUUAGUAACAGUAAAUCAAUUAAACGAGGGAUCAGAGCGGCGCGAAAACCGGGAUUCUAAACGUUUUUGCUUACUGAUAUUCCGCGUUUGGUUAUCAAUCAUCAAAUGGGCUUACCUUACUUCGCCCAUGAUAUGAUCUACGGAAAGGAAUCGCGAAAAAAAAAAAAAAAAGG